AUGGCAGCGACGCCGGAAACCGUGGAGCGGCUGUUCAGCGAGCUCAAGUCGCGAAAUGUCGAGGUCCGGGAAAAUGCCGCCAAAUCCUUGCGACAGACUCUGGAGGCUGCCCACAGAGAACUACCGCCCGGACAAUUCGCAAACUAUUAUGAUCGCGUGUGCAACCGUAUCAACGGCCUUGUCGUUCAAGGCAACGAGACCAAUGAACGACUAGGUGGUAUUCAAGCGCUCAACCAAUUGAUCGACUUCAAAGGCGACGACGCCGGCCAGAAAACUACUCGGUUCGCUAGCUACCUCCGCGCGAUAUCCCAAGGAAAUGACAAUGCCGCUAUCGAUGCGGCCUCACAUGCCCUGGGCAGGCUGGCAAAGCCUGGCGGAACGCUUACUGCGGAGCUUGUUGAAGCCGAAGUCAAGAGUGCCCUUGAGUGGCUUCAAAUGGACCGACAGGAGAACCGCCGCUUUGCUGCAGUGUCCAACCUUAGGGAACUGGCGAAGAACUCCCCAACACUGAUGUACCAAUGGGUUCCUCAGAUAUUUGAGGUUAUAUGGAUGGCCUUGCGAGAUCCAAAGGUUCGGAUACGUCAGGCAGCGGCUGAAGCCGUUAGCGCGUGUCUUGAGAUAAUCUCUGCCCGCGAUGCCAGCAUGAAAACGCAUUGGUUUUCCCAGGUCUACGAGGAAGUGCUCCACGGCUUCGCAAUCAAUACUGUAGAGUCUAUCCAUGGCUCGAUUCUCGCGAUGAAAGAGUUGUUGAAAAGAGGAGCCAUGUUCAUGCAUGGCCCACGCUACAUUGAAGCUUGCAACAAUGUACUGCGAUACAAAGAUUCCCGCGACCUCUUGAUUAAGCAGGAAGUCAUCGUUACGAUACCUCUCCUCGCAGCAUACUCGCCGAACGAAUUCUCACAAAACUAUCUCCACACCUGCAUGCUUCAUCUCCAGGGCCUCCUCAAGGAUGAUAGCAAAGAUCGCAGCACUGCCUUUAUUGUCAUUGGAAAAGUCGCCGGCGCAGUAGGCAGCCACUUUGGAAAGUACAUCGACGGCACCUUAGGCGUAAUAAGGACUACCCUGCUACGCAAAACGCGCUAUCGAGGACCAGAAGAGGCCGCAAUCUUCGAAUGUCUAAGCAUGUUGUCAAUCGCCGUUGAACAGGCGCUCAGCAAACACGUCGACACGCUCCUUGACCCCAUAUUCUCAUGUGGUUUAAGCGACCCUCUCACCCAGUGCCUUGUCGACAUGGCUCACUACGUUCCGUCCAGUAGGGAAGCAAUUCAAGAACGUCUUUUGGACCUCUUGAGCCAGGUUCUUUGCGGUAGACCAUUUGUGCCUAUGGGUAGCCCGCAAUACAGCAACGCUCCUCCUCCGCAAAUAUGGACGCGAGACUCCAAGGAUCCGCAAUACAUCAAGCACAGGGAAGCCGAAAUCGCUUUGGCUCUGAAAACGCUUGGUGACUUCAACUUCCAAGGCCAGACAUUAAAUGAAUUUGUAAGAGAUGUCGCCAUCAAAUACGUUGAAGCAGACAACAGGGAAAUCCGGAAAGCUGCCGCACUUACGGCAUGUCAGCUCUUCAUUACCGAUCCAAUUGUCACUCAGACAAGUCAACAUGCCAUACAAGUAGUCAGCGAUGUUAUCGAGAAGCUGCUCACUACGGGCGUUGCUGACGUCGACCCGGAUAUUCGCCAUACUGUCUUAAGGUCACUCGACUACCGUUUCGACAGGCAUCUCGGCAAGGCUGAGAAUGUGCGAAGCCUUUUCUUGGCGCUUAACGAUGAAAUUUUCGAGAUCCGGGAAGCGGCAAUGUCUAUAAUUGGUCGUUUGACAUUGGUCAACCCGGCCUACGUCUUCCCUUCGCUUCGUAAAGUUUUGGUGCAGCUCCUGACAGAAGUGGAGUAUUCGAAUAGCGCACGGGACAAAGAAGAAAGUGCGAAACUCAUCAGCAAUAUGGUGUCGUCUUCCUCUCAGCUUAUCAAGCCAUACGUCGACCCGAUUGUUACUGUACUACUUCCAAAAGCCCGAGACGCAAACCCAGAGGUCGCUUCAUCAACCUUGAAGGCUAUUGGCGACCUUGCUUCCGUAGGCGGUGAGGACAUGCGGCGGUACAUUCCAGCCCUCAUGGAAAUCAUCAUCGAGAAUCUCCAAGAUCUCAGCUCAGAGUCUAAGCGCAUGGCUGCUUUAAUCACGUUGAGUCAAUUGGCUGCUAACUCAGGCUACGUCAUUGAGCCCUACAAGGAGCACUCGGAAUUGCUCCCGAUACUCAUCAACAUUGUCAGGACGGAGCCCGCGAAUAAUUUGCGCAAGGAAACGGUUAAACUCAUGGGCGUCCUCGGUGCCUUGAACCCGGAUGAAUACCAGAAGAUCGUCGAGAAGUCUCCUGAACAUACCCUAAUGGCAGAGGCGCAAGCGGUUACGGAUGUUUCCUUGAUCAUGAGCGGCAUUACGCCUUCAAACGAAGAGUUCUAUCCGACAGUCGUCAUCAAUACCUUGAUGGGGCUCUUGAAGGACAACUCACUCUCUCAAUACCAUUCAGCUGUUGUUGAUGCUGUUAUGAACAUUUACGCCACCAUGGGCUUGAAGUGCGUACCUUUCCUUCCUCAGGUGGUCUCUGGCUUCCUAGGUGUCAUUCGAGGUGCUCCGGCUGGGCGGGUUGAAGGUUACUUUAAUCAGUUGAGUCAACUCGUGAAGAUUGUUCGCCAGCACAUUCGACCCUUCUUGCAACAAAUCCUAGAGACUGUGCAAGAAUACUGGAGUGGUGGAACGCAGCUACAAGCAACGAUCCUAUCCCUCAUUGAGGCAAUAGCGCGCUCGCUGGAGGGAGAGUUCAAGAUUUAUCUGGCUAGUAUUCUGCCAUUGAUGUUGGGCGUCUUGGACCAAGAUACAUCUGUCAAGCGUUUGCCAUCGGAAAGAGUGCUCCAUGCCUUUCUCAUAUUCGGAUCCAGCGCCGAAGAGUACAUGCAUCUCAUCAUUCCGGUCAUUGUUCGCAUGUUCGACAAACCCGGACAACCUCACGGCCUGCGUAAAUCGGCUAUUGAGACCCUAGGUCGACUGUCUCGCCAGGUUAACAUUUCUGAAUUUUCGGCUAUGAUCAUACACCCUCUUUCCCGAGUCCUGGCUGGAAACGAUACCCCGCUAAAGCAGACCGCACUUGAUACGUUAUCAGCUUUGAUUUUCCAACUCGGACCUGACUACAUCCACUUCAUUCCGACAAUCAACAAAAUCCUUUUCACGCACAAGGUACCGCAUGGUAACUAUGCGCUUAUCGUUUCGAAACUCCAAAGAGGGGAGCCUCUGCCUCAAGACCUCAGCCCCGACGAGAGAUACGGCGAUGAUGAUGAGGACAUCAAUGCCACGGAGAUCUCGACCAAAAAGCUCGCGGUUAACCAGCAGCAUCUGAAGAAUGCUUGGGAUGCAACUCAGAAAACCACUCGUGAAGAUUGGAUUGAGUGGAUGAGACGCUUCAGCGUUGAGCUUCUUCGUGAAUCUCCUCAACAAGCUCUUCGGGCAUGCACCCCAUUGGCUAGCGUAUACAACCCGAUCGCCAAGAGCCUUUUCAACUCGGCUUUUGUCUCUUGUUGGACAGAACUAUACGACCAGUAUCAAGAGGAGCUGGUUCGUUCCAUCGAAAUAGCUCUUGCUUCACCGAACAUUCCACCGGAAAUUCUCCAAAUUCUUCUCAACCUGGCCGAGUUCAUGGAGCAUGAUGACAAGGCUCUUCCGAUAGAUGUCCGUACCUUGGGUAUGUACGCCGCCAGGUGCCAUGCUUACGCGAAAGCGUUGCAUUACAAAGAGCUCGAAUUCAACGCAGAGCAGAAUGCUAGAGCUGUUGAGGCACUGAUCAGCAUCAACAAUCAGCUGCAACAAACCGAUGCAGCCUUUGGUAUCCUGCGCAAGGCCCAGAACUACCAAGAUGUGGAGUUGAAAGAAACUUGGUUUGAAAAACUAGAGAAGUGGGAAGAGGCUUUGAAAUCCUACCAAAGGCGCGAAAAAGACGAGCCAGAUUCCUUCGAAAUCACAAUGGGUAAAAUGAAAUGUCUACAUGCGCUCGGCGAAUGGGAUGUCCUAUCCACGCUUGCUCAGGACAAAUGGGUCCACGCUCCACAAGAGUACCGCAGGACAAUUGCGCCACUAGCUGCAGCUGCUGCCUGGGGACUUGGCCAGUGGGAGCUCAUGGACAAUUAUCUUUCUGUCAUGAAGUCUUCAUCACCCGACUGGUCUUUCUUUGGCGCCAUUCUUGCAAUUCACCGCAACCAAUUCGAAGAGGCGCAGAAGCACAUCUCCAAGGCUCGAGAUGGCCUAGACACCCAGCUGAGUGCUGUCUUCGGAGAGUCAUACCAACGAGCCUACUUGCCCUUGGUGCGCGUUCAAAUGCUUGCUGAGCUUGAGGAAAUCAUUACCUACAAACAAAACAAGAGCAACCCAGAAAAGCAAUCGAGUAUGCGCCACACCUGGACGAAGAGGCUUCGUGGGUGCCAACCAAAUCCUGAUGUCUGGCAAAGGAUGCUCAAGGUCCGGGCAUUGGUCAUUUCUCCCAGAGACAACAUGCAUAUGUGGAUCAAGUUCACAAACCUCUGCCGCAAGAACCAGAGAGUCGGGCUUGCUGAAAAAUCUCUGCGCUCCCUACUCGGCGGUACCCACGAAGACAUCUUCACUCAUGUCAGGACGAAUACCGGCAAGAUACCCCAUCCCAUCUCAUACGCCGUAUUCAAAUUCAUGUGGUCUUCUGAUCGCCAAGAAGAAGCACUCGACCUUCUCAAGGACUUCACAGGGCGAGUUGCCGACGAGUUACAAAUGAGGGCGCGUGAAGCAAGCAGCAUGCCGAACACCAACGGCAUCCACGGCAUGAAUGGCAUGAACGGCGUCAACGGUAUAGGCGGCAUGGCGCAGAUGAACCAGAUGAUGCAUGGGGCUAACGGGAUACCCAAUGGCACCAAUGCAAACCAACCGCCGCCUAUCGACAUUGCGGAGACGCAAAAACUCCUUGCGAAAUGCUACCUCAAACAGGGAGAGUGGAUGACUCACUUGCACCACGGCGAUUGGCAUCACGAUCAUGUGCAUGAUGUCCUAUCAUCUUACCAGGCUGCGACCCGAUACAACGCCAAUUGGUACAAGGCCUGGCAUGCUUGGGCUUUGGCAAACUUCGAAGUCAUUAAUGCGAUGACAUCUCAGCCCGACCGGUCGAUGCCGGAUAUAAAUCACAGCGCGGUCCAUGAGCAUAUAGUGCCGGCUAUUCAUGGCUUUUUCAAGUCUAUCUCCUUGUCUUCCACAAGUUCGCUUCAAGACACGCUCCGUCUUCUCACGUUAUGGUUCGCUCAUGGCGGCCACCCAGAAGUCAGUACCGCUGUUACGGAGGGUGUUGGGACAGUCAGCAUCGAUACUUGGCUCGAGGUUAUCCCACAACUCUUGGCUCGCAUCAAUCAACCUAAUGUCAGAGUCCGGCAAUCAAUCCACAACCUUCUGUCUGAAGUCGGGCGUGCUCAUCCCCAGGCUCUGGUUUUCCCUCUGACUGUCUCGAUGAAGUCCGACGUCUCGCGUCGGUCCCGUUCGGCGACCGCACUCAUGGAUGCCAUGCGUCAGCACUCACCCAGGCUUGUUGACCAGGCUGACUUGGUCAGUCACGAACUUAUCCGUAUUGCUGUGCUCUGGCAUGAACAGUGGCAUGAGGGUCUGGAAGAAGCUUCUAGGCUGUACUUUGGCGACCGCAAUAUCGAAGGCAUGUUUGCCACUCUUGCGCCAUUGCAUGCCAUGCUCGACAAGGGGCCGGAGACUUUACGAGAAGUUUCCUUCAUCCAGUCCUUCGGGCGUGAGCUCCAGGAAGCUCGCGACUGGUGUCAGACCUUCCGCAACUCUGGCGAAGAAGGCGACUUGAACCAGGCUUGGGAUCUUUACUACCAAGUUUUCCGCAAGAUUGCCCGACAAUUACCGUCACUGAUGACUUUGGAGCUGCAAUACGUGUCUCCCAAGUUGAAGGCUGUCCACGAUCUCGACCUUGCAUUACCUGGUACGUACAUGAGUGGCAAGCCUGUCAUUCGCAUACAGUCUUUCGACCCUGUUUCAACAGUCAUCCAGUCCAAGCAGCGGCCUCGGAAGCUGCAUCUCAAGGGAAGCGACGGUAUGAACUACAUGUACGUUCUCAAGGGUCACGAAGACAUCCGUCAAGACGAGCGUGUUAUGCAACUUUUCGGUUUGGUCAACACCUUGCUUGCAAACGAUGCCGAGAGCCGAAAACGCCACCUCAAUAUCCAACGUUAUCCGGCUAUUCCGUUGUCGACUCAAUCCGGUCUGCUUGGAUGGGUUCCCAACAGCGACACGCUGCACGUCCUCAUCCGCGAGUAUCGUGAGAGUCGGAAGAUUCUGCUCAACAUUGAGCAUAGGAUCAUGUUACAGAUGGCUCCUGACUACGAUUGUCUCACCUUGAUGCAAAAGGUCGAAGUAUUCGGCUACGCCCUGGACAACACAACAGGUCAAGACUUGUAUCGUGUUUUGUGGCUUAAGAGCAAGAGCUCCGAAGCCUGGCUUGACCGUCGUACCAACUACACUCGGUCUCUCGCUGUCAUGUCAAUGGUUGGCUACAUCUUGGGUCUGGGUGACCGUCACCCGUCCAACCUUAUGCUGGACAAGGUUACGGGCAAGAUUAUCCACAUUGAUUUCGGUGAUUGUUUCGAAGUGGCCAUGCACCGCGAGAAGUACCCGGAACGGGUACCUUUCCGUCUUACUCGUAUGUUGACGUACGCCAUGGAAGUCAGCAACAUCGAAGGAAGCUACCGCACCACAUGCGAGCAUGUCAUGCGUGUACUCAGGAGCAACAAGGAGUCUGUCAUGGCCGUCCUUGAAGCCUUCAUACACGAUCCACUCCUCAACUGGCGUCUUGGCAGCCGCGACUCGCCUCCUGAGCCUUCCUUCCAGUCCGAGCGACGCAACUCCCUUAUCGGGCUUGAAGGUGGCGAUGGUGUCCAGAGUUCUUUCCGCCCCCGACACCGUUCCAGCAUUGUCCCACCGGGUGACCCAGAGGCCAGAGAGGAGCAAAAUGCACGCGCUCUGCAGGUUCUUUCGCGCGUCAAGCAAAAGCUCACUGGCCGCGACUUCAAGGCAAACGAAGAGCUGAACGUCAAUGCGCAAGUAGACAGGUUAAUCCGGGAGGCGACCAAUUUGGAGAACUUGUGCCAACACUACAUCGGUUGGUGCAGCUUCUGGUAG